AUGUUCUGCGUUGGAUUUCCCAUGACUUACCUUGAAUUGGCUUUGGGUCAGUACACCCAUGCCACUGUGCUAGCGGUAUUUGAUCGAAUAGCUCCGAUCGCUGUCGGAACUGCGGCAAUUUCGGUGAAGUUCUUCGACAAGCAGCUUCUAGUCUUUGGUCGAGUUUUCGUUUACCUGCUAGUCACAUCAGGAGAGGAUUUUAUUGAAAAUAUCCUCGUUAUACACGAUUUGUUUCGUGUCGGUGUAUCCGCAGUACUUCUGCUAGCAGUUAGCUUAUUACUCGGUAACGAUCUAAUUGUCAUCAUGGUUGAUACCUUCUUUAAGUCGGCAAACGCAUUCACCAACCAAUUGCCAUGGGAUAAUUGCAUUGGAAUGAAUAGCAGAGCCCAUUGUCAAUCAGUUGAUCGCGAUUGCCAAAAUGUGAAACCGUUUGGAAUAUUGCCUGGCAGAUUGCAACAACGAUUUUAUAAUCUCGCCCGUUACUCCGACUUCUACACGCUCACAGUGGCAAAGUGGCCAUCGUCGGUAUUCAUGGCUUGGAUCGUCAUCAUUUUUCUCGGAAUCGCCCACUUACUGGCCACAAACCGUCAAGCCAUCAUUAAGAGUAUCAGCUACAUUUGUAUGUCGAUAAUAUUUCUUCUGACGUUUAUGAUUGUUCUUGUCUUCGUUCAUUUAAAUCCACCAAAAUAUCCGGCACUUGCAUUCCUUGACGCUGUCAAUUUCAAACAAGAGAGAGGAUUGGCAAUGUGGGUUGAUGCUGUUGUAAUGGCGUGUACCAUCCUUCAACUUGGAUACGGUGGUGUGAUUUUUCUUGGAAUGCAGAAUCCUUUUUUUAAUGAUCUUGUCACGUAA